AUGAGUCAAUAUUUGCCUUAUGGAGAAUUUGAAUGGAUCAAUGAAGAUAUAGAUGUAACACAGAUACCAGGUGAUUCGGAUACUGGAUAUAUAUUAGAAGUUGACCUGAAAUACUCUAAGAAACUUCACAGAAAGCAUUCAGAUCUUCCUUUAGCUCUAGAGAAUAGAAUACCAGAUGGAUCAAAACAAUCUAAGCUGUUAACCACUUUAUAUGAUAAAAGGAAUUAUGUGAUUCAUUAUAGAAAUCUAAAACAAUAUUUGAAAAUGGGGAUGAAACUCAAAAAGGUACAUAGAGUUUUAAAAUUUAAAUAA